UUUUUAAUUAAAUAAGAGUAUAGAAGGGAGAGGUUUUGUUAGCAAGCAAGCAAAUAAAUGGAUGAAAGACAAACUAAUCCAGAUUCAGACUAUCUACCUUUUUUAUCACCAUAAAAUUAAAAUUAUUUAGCUUAGGAUUAGCUUAAUAGCUACUAGCGAGAUGAUAUUUAAGUUUUAAAAUCGCAUGGAUUCCAUACACCUGGCAUUUAAGGAGGCUGCAAUUUUGAAUAUUUGCUUGAAUAAGAUCUUAAUGAUAAAUAAUUUUCUAAUUUGGUAAUGGUCCUUGAUAAAUAAUAACUGAACAAGGAGUAAUUUAAUAGAAAUAUUGAUUUAAAUAAGAUAAAUUAUUUACAGCACUUAAAUAGCAAGAAUGAUAUUUAUAUAAACUCUGCUUAAUACAAUAGCUUUUUGCAAUCUUUAGAUUUUAGACCAAAGUUUGUGAGUAAUGCUCAUAAAAAAGAAAGCAUUCAAUCUAAUAAGAUCAAAUAAAUAUAUAAUAUAGAAGAGAAUAGCAAUAAAAUAAAAAAUAUUUAACUUUAAAAAAUAAAGUUGGCUAACAAAGAAUAGUAAUAAAAGUAAUAGAUUUAAUAGGAUUUUCGUUUGAAGAGCUCAAGCGAAAUAAAACCAAGUAGAGUUUUUAUAUAAAAUAGAGAACGGGUAAAUACGUAUUCACUGAUUGAUCAAUAAGGAAAGUAAGAGUCAUCUAUAUAAAAUCACUAUGCUUCUUAAAAUAGUACUUAAACAUCAGCAACAAUUAACAAAAGUAGUUCUAAAAAGAAUAAAAUACCUAAUCUUAAAUUUAAUUCUACAUACUACUUUAGUAGCAAUACAAACUUUAAUUCGAGCAGUAAUAAAAAGUAAAGUAAAUUUAUAAAAGACUGUUUAUCUACUCCCAGCAGGAAUAAAACAAAUAGUUAUUUUUUCAAACGAGAAGAGACAGAGAUAGAAGAUGAAGACUUGCAAAACUCAAAAACCUAAAGGGUAGAAACAGAUUUUUAAAUUUACAACUCCACAGAUGGAGUUUAAGAGUCUAAAAAUAGUUUCAAAAGUUCUAAAUCAUCUUUUAAUUAUAUAAAUUCCCCAAAAAAUAACAGUCUUUUUUAUUCAAAUAAUAAUAACAAUAAUAUAGUAUAAUAUAAGUAAAAAUAAUUGAAAACUAUAAUAAAUAAUAUUUUACCUUAAACUAUAUAAUAAACUGUGAAAACACCACAAAGCUCUAAUAAAAAUACAGCUAGAAAUAUUAUAAAUUCUAUGAAUACAUAAAGCAGCAUUAAUAAUAAAAUAAAACUACUGAAUCUUAAAAAUUUAUAAACAGGUUCUAAUCAAUAAAAAUUUUUCACUGAAAGAAUAGCUUUGAAUAGCAAUAACAACUAAGAUUCAAAAACAAUUUACCAAGAUAUGAGUUAGUAAGAUGAUUAAAUCAAGUAAAAAUUGGUCAAAGAAAACUUUAAAUCAUAUUCAAAUAAAUAAUUUUUAUCUAAAAAUAAAAUUGAAAGCAAAGACAACAAUUAAAAUACAGAAUAAUUAAAAAAUAGAAAUAAGAUGGAUUAAAAUAAUAGUGAUGACAGUAUUUUUUCUCCAAAAAAUUAGUUAGAAAAUGAAAAAAUAUUUGAUGUUAGCAUUAGAUAAACUAGGUCUUAACAAAAGUAACAUCUUUAACAAAUAGAGUAAAAUAAAAUAUUUCUUUAAUAACCAGAAGAAAGUAAAUAAAAUCAAUAAGCAUUUUAAAAAAAUCAUUAGCAAGAGGUAAUAAGAUUUUUUUAAAAUAAUUAAAAAACACCUUAAAUUAAUAUUUCUAAUUUUACUGAAUAAAAUAAAAUUAAUUUAAAUGAAAUUGAAAAAAAUAAUUCUGAAUAAUCCGGAAUGCCUGAUGAGUAAGAAAAUAAUCAAAAUAAUAUUGAUAAUUCUAAUGAUUGUAAUAAAAACAAUAUAAAAAAUGAUUCAAACAUUAAUGAAGAUCUUAAUAAUUAAUUAAUUAAAUCAAGAAACUCUAAGAAAUCGUCUUUUAUUGAUCCUUCUUAGCUAAAUUUGCUGAAAAAAAUGAUGGAAAAAAAGUAAAAUCAAAAUUUUUAAUAAUAGAACGCUGCAAACUCAGAAAAUAAAUAAAAUGAAGAAACCAUAGGAAGCCCUAAAAAUGAAUUAAAUAUUUCUAAUUUUAAUCAGAACUAAAAUGAGGAAAAUUAAAAUUUGCCAGCCUUAAAGCCAGACACACUUAAAAGAAAAUCCUUUAUUAAUGUAGAUUAAGAUAACUGUACGAGAUACUUAGAAUAAUAAAGGGAAGAUGAAUAUUUAAUUGCAUUGGGCUUAGAUUAUUAUGGAAUUAAAUAAUUGAGCCAUUAUUGUGAUUUUUAAAAGAGUAUUCAAAAAAAAUAAAAUACUAAAAUGCAUUAAGCUUUAAGUUCUUACUCUUUUAUUAAUAGUUGUAAAAGAAUAGAUCAUAAUCAAUAGGAUUAUAGCUAUUAGCAGUUAAAUUUUGAACAUUCUAAGAGAGGAGAAGAAUAAAAAAAGAAAAUUAAUAUUUUGGAAUUAGAUGUGUUUAAUGAUUUAGAAGAUAUGACUGUAAAAAAUAGCUUAAUUUUAAAAAAGAACAAAAAUACUCUGGAUAGAAAAAUGCAACAAUACAUAAAAAGAACAUUUUUAGAAUUUGAAAAGUAAGAUAACGUAUAAGAUAGACCAAGUUAAGAGUCAACUUAAAAACAAAGUCAAGAGAUUAUUGAUAGCAAAAAUUCAUAAAAUAACUUAUUAGAGUAAUAAAAAUAAAAUAUUUAAAAUACUCUUUAAAAACUCAACACUUAACAAAACUCUCCUAAAAGAAGUUCUAAGUCAUAAUAAUAUAAUGGCGUAAUUUAAUUAACUGUUAGUAUUAAUCCUCCUUUGAGUAAUCAAGAUAGCUCAUCUUAAACCAAUAAUUAAUAAGUUUAUAAGUUUGUUACUUUUAAAAAUGAAAAAGUUUCCUCAACUUCAAUUUGUUCAGAAAAUUCACAUCAUUCUUAUAUUUCCUCUGAAACAAACGAAGAUAGUGAUAAUUUAAAUUUUAAUGAUACAAAUAAUUAACAAAUCGGAGAAGAAUCUGAAAAAGAUGAUGAAGUUUCUUUGCAUCUAUAAGAAGAAAAUGGUGAAAAUGAGUUUAAAAUCAUAAAGAAUGGAAAUCAUAUCAAAAGCCUAGAAUUAAAUUAGCAAAGCUAAAAAAUAACUAAGAUGAAAGAUCCUAAAAAUUCAUUUACUGUAACAAGAAAUUACCUUAUGAACUACUUACAGAAACAGCAGUCUUAAAAAUAUUUAAAAAGAAUGUCUAAAAUAAAUUAAGGCAUCCAAUUUAUUUAAGAUUAACAAAAAGUAAACUAUUCAAAUAGCUUAGAUCAAUCAUAAAUCUUGGAAAAUAAACAAAUGAGGCAAGGAAUUUAAAGCCAGUCAAGGUCAUUUAUGAAAUUUGCUUCAGAUAAAAAAUAAAUCACAAAAGAUUUUUUAGAGCAUUAAUAUUCAGCAGAUUCAUAUAGAAUGAAUCCUUUCUUUUCAAAUGAACAAAUUUAAAGUCCAAAAUCUAAUUAAUAAAAAUACUCAAGCACUGAAUUUAACGAACUUGAUAAAAACAAAGAUUUAAGAAAUGAAAAAAAAAUUUAAUCAAAAUAAACAUUGUAAAACAUUAGUAUUGAAGAGAUUAAUUCCUCUUCACAUUCUUCUUCCUAAGAUUCAUAGUCAAACUCAUCCUCUAACUCAUCAAAUUCUUCUAUUGAUGAAGAUAGCUUAGGAAAUACUUAAUAGUAACUUGGGAUAGAUUAAUAUUAGCAACAAAUGGAUUAAGCUAAUCCGUAACAAUUAUAAUUUUUUAAUGAUCUAGAAAUAUAUGAAGAUGAAAACUAUGAUCCAUUUACCUUAUCAAAUAACUUUAUAAAAAGUCUUUAACCUCAAAAUUUAAAUGAAUCUAACUCUCUGCUAGUUAGAUUAUAUGAAAAUAUACCUCCUAUUAUAAGCGAAUUAUAAGAAAAUUAAGUAGAAUAAGUGCUUAAUAUUAAAUUUUAAGACUAAGAUUAACAAAAAAUAGAGCUCUUGAUGAAAAAGAACAAUAUAGGAGAUAAAUAUCAACAAAUUUCAGAAUUAUUGGAAUCAGAUCAAAGAAGAUUUUUCAAAUAAAGCUACAGCAAUUACUACACUGAACAAAAAGAUUUACUUUAUGGAAAUUUUGAAGAUAUGAAUACAAUUAAUUCAAAUUUUUAUUAUUUAUUUAGUUAAAAUACUUAAUCAAAUAAAACUAAAAAGCAAACAUCUAACAAUAAAAUUGAAUCAAAUUAUUUGAAAGUAUAGCAUCAUAAUGUUAAUAACUAUAAGAAAUGUAUUAAGCAGCAAAAGUUAGUUAAGGAACAGCCAGAAUCUACUGAUACUAAAGAGUAAAAAGAAGAAAAUUAAAAUUUAUUCUAGAUGAGCGAUUCAAUUAAAAAUUAUUAGUAAGAUGCUGAAUUUGAGUUUGAUAGUCCAUCACUUACCAGAAAAGCAUUGGAAAAAAAAAUUUGCUUAUCUUAAUCGCUUAAAGAGAGUAUUUCUCUGUCUAAUGAAAACACAUUGUAGAUUUAAAGAAGUAAAUUCUCAAAUAUUACCAAUAAGAAUUAAAAGGAAACAAAUCAAGAAGAUUAAAAUAAGAAGAAAUCGUUAACCACUGCUUAAUAGACACCACUUACCUAGCCAAUAAAAAUAAAAUAAUAAAACUAGCCCACCUCAGAAUAAAAUCAAGAUUUUACUUCAAUGCUAUAAACACCACUAUUAAAUAGUUUAUAAGCACCUAAUAAUAUUUCAAUGGGCUAAAACUCUGUUAAAAAUGCUAAUAAGAUAAAAGGCUCAUAAAACUAAACCAUUAUAGAUCAUAAAAAUUACAUUUAACUAAAUUAAAAUCUUUCAUAAAGCAGAAUUAAACCAGAUAUUCUAGAUAAGCAAUCUCUUGCAAUAAGUAAUAGAAAUAAUUAAAUAAGUAAAAGAAAAUUGUUACCUCCUGAAUAGUAGAUUAUGAUGGCAAUUAAGCAUAAUUCAUUGACAGAAUUUGAAGAUAUUUUCUCAAAGUUCCAUUAGAUUAAAAUUAAUUAUUAAGAUGAAGAAGGCAGCAACUUUCUAAUUAUUGCUUCAAGUGUAGGAAAUAUUGAUAUUGUAAAAGAAUUAAUUUACAAAGGGAUAAAUAUAAAUCACUAAAAUGAUUUAGGUAAUACUGCUCUUCAUAUGGCUCUAGCUUACGGAAAUAGUGAAGUAGCAGAUUUCCUUUUACAAUUUAAAAUAGAUCAAAAUUUAGUAAAUGUCAAUAACUAAACUGCUUGGGAUACAGCAAUAUACAAUUGA